UUUUAGACGGUCACUUUGUUCGUUAAAAGAGCCGUUGUCCUGUAAUGGGUAAAGUCAGCAAUCCCAGGUGGAAGUGUUACCGGCACCAAUUAUUUUUCUUCCUAUUUUAUACGUUUCAGUCCUUAACCUCAGCUGUCAUACGGUAUUCGGUCCCAGAAGAAAUGGAUCGUGGCUCUUUUGUUGGACAUCUUGCAAACGACGUGGGCAUACCUCGUACAGAUGUGGCAGCUCGUCGGCUCCGCAUAUCCUCAUCAUCAAAGAACCGAUUUUUAAAUAUUAAUUCUGAGACCGGAGAUUUGUUCCUGACAGAGAGAGUAGACAGGGAGGAAUUGUGUGAUAAAAUGCCUUCGUGUAUUUUGGCAUUUGAAGCUGUUGUUGAAAAUCCUUUUCAAGUAUUUGCUGGAGAAGUUGAAGUUCAGGAUAUCAAUGACAAUCCUCCGGUGUUUGUGCCUGAUGAUAUUAAAUUAAGUUUGAGUGAAACCACAUCUCCAGGAGCCCGUUUUCCAUUGGUGCAGGCGGAGGACCCCGACGCUGGUGUAAAUUCACUGCUCGAUUAUGAUCUUAACCUUAAUGAAUAUUUCUAUUUGGUUGUGACGGACAGAGAAAGUGGUCAAUACAUUGAGCUUGUUCUUAACAACAGUUUGGAUUACGAGAAGCAGAUGGAUCACUUCCUCACACUCACAGCAAAAGAUAAUGGGAUCCCACGGAGAUCGGGUACCGCUCGGGUACAGAUUAUUGUUCUUGACUUUAACGACAACGCACCUGAAUUUAGUCAUGCCGUUUACAGGACUAGCUUGAAAGAAGAUGCACCAAAAGGCAAGUUAGUAGUUAAAAUAACUGCGGUAGACAUUGAUGGGGGGUCAAAUGGAGAGGUAAGAUAUACCUUUAAAAAAAUCACGGACGCAGCGCGGUAUUUGUUUAAACUGGACACAGUUAGUGGAGAAAUAGUCCUGCAGGGGAUUUUAGAUUAUGAAGAAACAAAAUGGUUUGAAAUUACAGUUGAGGCUAAAGAUGGCGGUGGCCUCACUGCCCACAGCAAGGUACAUAUUGAUAUUCUCGAUCAUAAUGAUAACGCACCUCAGAUAACAUUUUCCUCGGUUUCUAAUGAAAUUUCAGAAGAUGCCGUUCCCGGCAUUGCUGUUGCAUUUAUAAAUAUUGCUGACCUAGAUUCCAGUAACAAUGGUGAAACUAGUUGUUACAUAGAAGAAAAUGUUCCGUUUAAGCUAAUACCCUUAUACAAGAAUUAUUACACAUUGGAGUUAAAUGGGUCGCUGGACAGAGAAAAGACUCCUGAAUACAAUAUUACAAUCACAGCUAUUGAUAAAGGCUCACCGCCUCUUUCAUCUGUAAAGACCAUUUCCCUCAAGAUUUCUGACAUAAAUGACAACCCCCCUCAAUUUUCUAAGGCCAUAUACACUGCAUAUGUAAAGGAAAAUAACCCACCCGGGCAUGUAAUUUUGACAGUGGAGGCUAAAGAUACUGACUGGAAGCAAAAUGCUCAGGUUACUUAUUCCAUUGUCCCGGGUUAUGUUGGGGAAUCUUUGGUUUCCACAUAUGUCUCCAUUAAUCCAGAUAACGGUAACAUUUAUGCUUUGCGUUCUUUUGAUUAUGAGGCAUUCAGAGACUUUUAUAUAGUGGUUAAAGCAGAAGACAGUGGUUCACCACCCCUUAGUACCAACGUUACGGUCAACCUCUUCGUUCUGGAUGAAAAUGACAAUGUUCCAAAAAUCCUGUAUCCAACGCCCAGUGACGAAGCUUCUGUGGGGAUAGAGAUAGUGCCUCUAAUGGCGGAAACAAAUUAUCUUGUGACUAAGGUGGUAGCAGUGGAUGCUGACUCCGGACAGAAUGCUUGGCUGUCCUACCAUUUGUUGAAAGCCACAGAUCCUAGUCUUUUCAAAGUAGGAUAUCACACUGGUGAAAUUAGGACAUCCCGUCCUGUUCUAAUGAAGGAGCCAGUGAAGCAGACUCUGUCUAUCAUUGUGAAAGAUAAUGGGCAACCAUCACACUCUUCCACAGCCACGGUCACCAUACUUGUUUCAGACUCCAACAACUUCCCUCAACCACUUUUGGAUGACAUCAAACCAUCAGAAAACAGAGCCCAGGACUCGAGUCUGACCCUUUAUUUGAUUAUUUCUGUUAUUUGUGUGUCUGUUUUGUUUCUUUCUUUCAUUAUAAUUAUUUUUAUUAUCAAGUUUCACAGAUGGAGGCAAUCAUCCUUACUUAAGCCACCAUUUGUAAAUUACAACCUUGGACACCCUUCAGACUUUGGCGAAAUAGAGCCAAUGGGACAUAUUCGGCUACCUUGCGUACAGAAAGCUUGCUUAACGUCUAAUUCUGGAAGGAGUGAGUUUCAGUUUAUGAAGCCAUAUGGACUUGAUACAUUGGGAAACAAAACAUUUAUUACUGACACUGAUCGAUCAGAACCUCAUCCAGAAGAUAUUGUAUGCAGAAAGUAAUGUUAUCUACCAGGAACCUUGCUCUUGUUAAUCUUGAAAACCAGUUCAUUAUGCUAGAAUCCCCAAAUAAGAAGUGGGUAUCAGAAAAUGACCGACUGAAUGAAUGAUUUAUGCACAUUGUGACAACCAUUCAGUAAAUAUUCUUAUUUCAUUUUCUAGUCAAAUAAAGUUAAAGUAUUUUA